AUGAUAUUCUGGUUGAAGCUGGAGCAGUCUAUGAAGGACUGGUACAGAGGGACUUCAUCCCAUCGCCUGUUGCCGCGCAUCAUGUACCAGGGUGCCAUUCCCGUGACGGUUUACGUCAAUGAGUGCAAUAUCGUCGUUGGCUACGACUACUUUGCCCCCGAUCUACGAACCCGAGUGAUCAUGGAGCUCUUUAACAUCCAAGCAAAGUGA